UUAUAAUAAACACAAGCAAUUAAAAAAAUUAUGACCAGUAAACAGAAGAUAAAGACAUACCAUUUCAAGUCGGAAUGGGAAGAACAAUAUUUCUUUACAGAAGUUAAAGAAGAUCUUUUGGAGUUUAUUAAACUAAAAGAACAGACUACUGGGUAUGACUUAUUUUGUUCUUUUAAAAAUAUUAUUUCUUCUGAAAAAAUUGCAAUAUCGAAAAUGGUAGGCUUGACAACCGAUGGCGCUCCAGCUAUGGUGGGUCGUGAUAAGGGUCCUGUGGGGAUAUGUCGUAAAGAUGAAAGAUUUCCGCAAUUCCUCUGUUACCACUGCAUUAGCCAUCACGAAGCGAUAUGUGGACAUUCUCUAAAACUAAACAACAUUAUGAAAUUGAUGGUAAAAAUUGUGAAUAAGAUUAGAGCUCAAACGGUACAAAGAAGAUUUUUCAAAACCUUGGCCGAUGAAAUUGACUGUCAAUACGGGGAACUAUUUUUUCACUCUAAAGUCCAACGGUUAAGGUGGGGGCGAGUGCUGAAACGUUUUAAUGAUAUCAUAACUGCCAUAGUUCAAUUUUUCAAACAACGUGAUGAACUGAUGCCGUAA